AUGAUUUCUUUAUUCAUCCGAUUCGAUUUUCUUAUUAAAUCUUUCUUAUUCAAUCUUUCUCAUGGAUCUUUCUAUUUCUUUCUCAUUCGAUCAAUCUUUCUUAUUCAAUCUUUCUCAAAGGAUCUUUCUCAUCCGAUCUUUUCUUAUUCAAUCUUUCUCGCGCGAUUUCUCAUCCUAUCUGAUCGCCUUUCUUAUUCCAAUCUUUUGUACCUGAUAGUUUUCCAUCAUCUGAUCUUUCUAUUCAAUCUUUCUCGCCUUAAAUUUUCACACCUGAUCUUUCUUAUUCAAUCUUUUAAUCACCAUCCAAUUUUCUUAUUCAAUCUUAAUCACCGAUCUUUCUCAUCCAAUCUUUGUAUUCAAACUUUUCGCCCGAUCUUUUCUCAUCCGAUCUUUUCUUAUUCACCUUUCUCGCCCGAACUUUCUCAUCCGAUCUUUUCUCAUUCAAUCUUUCUCGCCCGAUCUUUUCUCAUCCGAUCAUUCUAUUCAAUCUUUCACGCCCGAUCUUCUCAUCCGAUCUUUUUAUUCAAUCUUUCUCACCCGAUCUUUCUCAUUCGAUCUUUCUUAUUCAAUCUUUCUCGCCCGAUCUUUUCUCAUCCGAUCUUUCAAUUUUUACCUGACUUUCAUCCGACUUUCUUUAUCCAAUCUUCAUUCAAUCUUUUCAUCGCCUGA